CAUCUCGUUCUCCAGCUGGCCCACGUGGGACCGAGACCUGAUUUCAGGAAGUCAAGUAUUCAGGCAGUCAGGCAGCAAGGCACAAACACUCCCACCUCCAAGUCCCCACAGACGCGUGACGCCAAGUCUUCAUUCAAGUCGCGUCUCAAUAAUUCAAGACAAGCGUCGGAUUCUUCUCGGAAAGAUUGUACCACCCAUUGCUCUUGAUUUCCACAUUGAAACCUCCUCCACUUUCGGACGUCAUCUUUCACACGCCAAUCCCUCACCUCAACUCCUUCCACCUACAGUGCAAUGUACGAGUAGCUGCCGACGCGUUCAUGGCCUCGCGUGAAUGUCUCAGCGUCUUUGAACCCAUCCCACUCAACCAGCUCCACGAUCCCCAUCUCCCGCCGAAAAAGCGUAAACUAAGCUCCGCCUCCCACGGCUGGGCGGCCGAGAAUAUUAUUAUCCGAGCCCAUGCCGCGUCCCUGUCCGACGACCCGUACGUCCUUGAACCGAUCGCCGUGAUACCACGCCUCCAGCUACCCUUUGCCUGGCUCGAUGCCCCUUCGGCACUAUCACAGAUCCAAUCGGGGAGUCUCUUCGUGGCGAAUAUCCCUGCCCUCGAGGCAGACUCGCAAGCUGAACCGGUUGUCCUCGUUGUGCGGUUGACGUCGGACGCUGGGUUGUAUGUGAUUGAGAGGGUCAAGCGGGGUAUAUACGCACUGACGAAACUGGUCCGGGGCAUUGAGGAAGGAGAUAUCCGGGUUGUCGUCAAGGCGUCGAGUCACCGAGUCAGCUCGGGGUUAGCGCCAUGCACGCCCCGGAAAUUCGGUGACAAUACUCCUGCGGGUGAGUGGUGGCGGCUGGCGCAGGUUGAGGAUCCAGCUCCUGAUAUUAGUGCCGGUAUACCGCCGAAGCGCGCCAAGGUUGAUUUCGUCUUCGGUGUCCCUGGUGCUGCUGAUCAAGGUGAUGAGCCUGUGAAGGGUGUGUGGCCGGUUGAUCCGAUGGAUCGAAGUUCCAGCUGCGACCUCCGUAUGCUCUCUGUACCUCCGGAGAUUCAGGAUCACGUCGAGCCCGUGGUGUCUAAUGAAGUCGGUGAGGGGCAAGCUCAAGAAAUUGGGCAAUCUCCAGCGGAGCUUCUGGAUGGGCUUAGAGAGCAGUACUUGCAGGCUCUCUACAUUACUAAGGCUUCCGUUGCAUACUUUGCGAAAGGGCCUCUGCCACGCUGUCGCGCUGCGUUCCAGUCUCUAGAUUCUGAAACAGGCACGAUCUCCGAUCUUACUGCAUUCUAUCGAGAAGCCAUCUUGACAGCAAAGAAAAUGGACUUGAAAUUCCGCGAAACCUUGCCGGCGAGUCUCCACGACAUCGUGCUCACCAUGUCAGAUGACGAGGGGCCGAAAAAGCGCAAGAGCAAAAAGAAGACGCUAGGAAGAAAUGGUCUCUACGCGGGGGAACAGGACUUUAUCCGGCGAGGGUGGAAGAACCGCUUACUCGCAGAGACCGGUACUUUGGCGGAAACAUCGCGAGAAGCGGAAAUCAAGAAAUAUGUGUCUGAUUUGCGGCUGCGUGAAACGCAGCUUCAGAUUUUGCUUAUCCUAGAGACGAUGGCACUCGAGGUCGCUGCUGCCGAGGAAGCGAAGAAGGCCGGCCAUGAAGAUGGCUCCAAUGAUGCAACUUCACAAAAGCCUAAGUCGAAAGCGAAGAAGCCGCAAGAUCUGAACACAAUGCUCGAACUCCACCUUGAUCGACUCUGUAUCUGGCAUACAGUUAGCCUUGACGAUGCCCCCGCAGAUGCUCAGGCUUCAGGAAGUGCUCAACAGACCGGGAAGGCGGGUGGGAGCGAUGCAAUGCGAGACUUUUGCACGGAAGUUAUUAUUCCAUUCUACGCUUCGCGUUUACCGGACCGGUGCAAGAUGAUCACUCGAAAACUAGGUGUUUCCGUCAGCGCCAUAUCAUCGUUCCCGAAGUCAGCAAAGAAGCCUUCUCGUAGAGAGUCGGGGGCUGUUGAACUCAAUCCAUCGCAGAGGCAGUCUCGCCGGGCAUUGCACCGCGUCCUUACUGACGAGCAGACGACAUCCCAAGCAAAAUCACAGCCGUCGUUGAACCGCUCUAUCACUGCUCCGUCGCAGAUAGAGAGCAAACGAGAAACCACCCCUCUGCUCCCGUCGCUCAGUACCAGCGUGCGUGGAGGCAUCCAGAAAGCCAAGCGAGCAGUCGAGAACCGAGAAGUCGACCUGAUUGCUGUCGCACGACAACACGAGACAAAGCUCAAGCGCGUGCAAAUGUUGGCUGAUCAGAAGAAAGAGCUCGACGCUGCCAUUCUAACCCUCAGAAAGCCGAACCGCGAACUCGUGGCUAAGGAUAUCGCCCAGGACGUGGAGAAGCGACUCACGAGCUCCAGCUCAAGGAAACCAAAGAACCCCGUCCGAAACCCUCUCGGACAAGGCGUCCAGGUCAUGGCCACACCCAGCAAGACCCGGAAGAGAGACGCUGGCAUCGGCCUUCCUCUGCAGAAGAAUGUCGUCAGGUCCAAGCCCAAGACAACCUCCGCCUCGUUCUCAUCCCCCUUCAACGCCGAGCCACAGGUUAUACCGGGCUCCAUAAUCCGACCAACAUCCUUCACAGGCGGACCGUUCACCGCCGACGUCGCAGUCCAAGAGACACCUUCGCGGCGCCCAGCGCAACCGCUCCCCUCGUUCAACGACUCCGUAGAGCGCAACGCCACGGUCGCGGAAUCCCCCAUCCCAGGAACAGGAAACCUCUUCCGCGUGCCUCGCCGACCACCGCCUCAACCCACGGAAACAGACCCCUUAACUCCAGUCCGCUCGCAGCACGUUGCUUUCGCAGACACAAACAUGGACAUGGAUGUAGACAUCAAUUCUCCUCAAACACGCCUCCCACCUCCCCCUCCACCCCUCUUCGCUCUCCCCAGCAAACUCACCCCGUCAGCGCCAUCGUCCAUGGUUUUUGAGACACCGCCGAAACCAAGAUCUGCUCCGGAUCCUGCGCUACUGUCCGUCUCUCGUCGAUCUAGUACCUCCGGGGCUGCACCUGGACCUGGAGCUAAUAAGGCUAAUAUUACUGUGCCGGCUGCGCCAGUCAUACCAGUCACCCCCGAGAAAUCGAUCUAUGCGGCGCUGGGCUGGGAUGAUGAUGAUGAUGAUGAUGAUGACCUUCCAAUGUGAUUUUAUUCGUAUGGAAUUGUUAGCAUAUAUGUGCGCAUGGUACAUAGCGGGCGUUCUCUAUUUGGUCUUUGUAUUGCCGGGAUGAUUCUUACAUCGAGUAUGUUGUUUGGGGUGUCUGUUGUGCCAACUAUUGCAUUAUGCUACGGUACCUUUUAUUUAUCUUUAGGCGCAAAUCCUAAAUAAGGUUAUAAGAUAGCAUGGUUUCUUGCCGUGGUACCUGUCUGCCCUCUGAACGAAUCCAUC